AUGAGCAAGUUUAAUCACAUCAAAGCUAUUGAAGAACUUCAACAUUAUCGUUUAACUAAUGAACGUUGUUCUGAAAAAGUAGCUUUUUUAGGAGCAAGACUUAUAAAAGAUAAUUACAUUUCUAAAUUAGGUGAUCAAGUUUGGCCUUUUUAUGAACAAGUAGCAAUAGCAGCACUUGAUGUUCAAGAUUUUAUUCUUGCCAAUCAUUGUAUUGAUAAACUAAAGGAACGUUUUACAGAAAAAUCGUUGAGAUUUCGUCGUUUGUUAGGAAUGAGGUUUGAAGCAGAAGGUCAAUUAGAUAAAGCAAAAGAAGUUUAUGAUUCAAUCCUACAAGAGGAUGAUACCAAUAUGUUGGCCUCGAAAAGACAGAUCGCUUUAUUAAAAGCAAGGAAUAAGGAUGAAGAGAUGAUGAAAGCACUUUCAACCUAUUUAGAUACCUAUUAUGACGAUCAUGAAGCUUGGUCAGAAUUAUGUGAUAUUUAUGUAUCUAAACAUAUGUAUGAUCAAGCAGCUUAUUGUUGUGAAGAAAUGAUCCUUCUUCAACCUUCAAAUCAUAUUUCCUUUUUAAAAUAUGCUGAAAUACUUUAUACUUUAAAUCAUUUACCUUUAGCUUUAAAGCAUUAUUGUAAAGUAUUAGAAUUAUGUACAGAUCAUGUAAGAGCGCUUUAUGGAUUACAAUUGGUAAUGAUAAUGAUACAUCUAAUGUUUAUACAUUGA